AAUGUUCUUCUUCUUCGUCUUUCUUCGCGCAAUGAUUUUCCCUCAAAUUGACAUGUCUCCCGGCCGGAAUAUCACUACCGGCCGGUCUCUGCGAUUCUGUGAAGCCACAAUCAUGAACGCGUUACCGCAACGAGUUAGGCUGCCAGCCCGAACUUUAGGUUCUGGAUGGGCCUCGGUAUCUCUCCUUGCGAGUCUCAGAGAUCGUCAUCGAGAAACAAAGUUCUAGGAAAACAUCUGUGUGGAGUUGGAGCAUUUGACCUCGGCGAGUCUAAAUUCACAUUCACUUCAUAAAGUCUCCUUUCUUCCCAUUUCGUACAGUUCACAAAUUGCGUCCAUUUUCGUCUUUUUAACUCUACGACUUUCCUUCGUGGCGUUUAAUCCUGGGCCUGUCUCAGAUCAGUUCGUCAGCAUCUCUCCACUUCCCUUGGAAAAGCCAAAAUUUCUUCCUGUCUCUCAAGAGUCCCAAAAUCACCGGAAUGGGCUCAAUUGAAAGGCCAUCCGUCGACUUCGACGUGAUCAUCAUCGGCGCUGGUAUAUCUGGCAUCAACGCAGGAUAUCGUGUGCAGACAGAAUUGCCAGGAUAUACCUACACAAUUCUUGAGGCCCGUGAUGCGAUUGGGGGGACGUGGGAUUUGUUUCGCUACCCCGGCAUACGAUCCGAUUCAGACUUGCACACAUUCGGCUUUCCAUGGCGACCGUGGUCCAAGCCCAAGGCUAUCGCAGACGGCACGUCAAUCAGGAACUACAUCAAAGAGUCUGCAGAGAUCAACGGCAUUGAUCGCAAGAUCUUGUUUCACCACAAGCUCCUUGCUGCUGAUUGGUCCUCCCAAGACCAGCAAUGGAGCUUGUCUGUUGACAACCAUGGAGAGAGAAAGAAAUUCAGAGGACGAUUCAUCAUCAUGAGCACAGGCUACUACGACUAUAAUAAGCCACUGAAAACCGUUAUUCCAGGUCUUGACAACUUCCAAGGGACUAUCAUCCAUCCCCAAUUUUGGCCUGAGGAUCUGGAUUACGCAGGAAAGCGAAUGGUCAUCAUCGGAAGUGGUGCCACAGCAAUCACUUUACUCCCAAAUCUUGCAGAAAAAGCAGCUCAUGUCACAAUGCUCCAACGAAGCCCGACCUAUAUCCUCGCCCUACCAGCUGUCGACCCUUCAGGAGACUGGAUGAGGAGAUGGUUGCCAGCCUGGAUGGCACAUACUCUCGUGCGCUGGAAGUUCUUGAUCCUUCCAUUCAUCUUUUUCAAAUUCUGUCGUGGCUUUCCCAAUGCUGCUCGUAGGAUCAUCCGUCGCAACACCGAGAAACAAUUACCAAAAGACAUGCCCCACGACCCAAAUUUCAACCCUUCCUACGGACCUUGGGAGCAACGACUAUGUGUCUGUCCCGAUGGAGACUUCUUCAAAGCGCUUCAGAAGGGCAAUGCUGACGUCGUCACGGAUACGAUCAGGACCGUCACCGAGACAAGUAUCAAGACCAACUCAGGCAAGACCAUCAACACCGACAUCAUCGUCACUGCAACGGGUCUCAGAAUCCAGCUCGCUGGUGGUGCUCGUGUUUCUCUAGAUGGCAAAGCAGUCAACUUUUCCGAGAAAUACAUGUGGAAGGGAACCAUGCUCCAAGAUCUUCCCAACGCAGCAGUGGUACUUGGCUACACCAAUGCAUCAUGGACGCUCGGCGCCGACUCGACUGCCCGACUUGUCUGCAGAUUGCUGAAGCAGAUGGACAGGGAUGGUCAGACCAGUGUUGUUCCGACACUGGAGAGCUCGAAGGGAAUGAAAGACUGUUCGGUCCUGAAUCUGAAUUCGACGUAUAUCGACAAAGCGAAGGGUGAAUUGCCAAAGGCGAGCAAUGUCGGUCCUUGGCAGCCAAGAUCGAAUUACUUUGCCGAUUAUUGGGCUUCGGUUUAUGGAGGUCUGUCGAGUGGAUUGCAAUAUACGAAAGCUCUGAAGAAGGUGAAUUAAUACUGACGCACAAAUCAUAUACUUGCUUUUAAUGAUAAUUCUUCCGCUGGCGUUCAAUGCAUAUCGAUGGACAGUUCUUUGCGUCUUGCUUGGCAAUGCAACAUUAAAAUGAUAAUAUGAUUAUUCCUGUACAGUUCUCGUGUGUCUAGAUUUGUAUAAAAAUUAGCAAUCAAGCAAAGAAACAAGCCUCGG